AUUAAAUUCCCAACCGACUUCACUUCGUCCCAACUGUCAUCUCUCUCUCUCUCUCUCUCUCUCUCUCUCUCAGUGUGUGAAGUUCUUUUUCUUUGGAAGCUUUGGAAAGAUCGAUCAAUGGCGGACGAGUCAACCCUCACUUGCAUAGAUAUCAUCCUCGCCAUCAUCUUGCCUCCCCUUGGUGUCUUCUUCAAGUUCGGUUGCAAGGUGGAGUUCUGGAUCUGUCUUUUGCUGACCCUGUUCGGGUAUCUCCCCGGAAUUAUUUAUGCUGUUUAUGCCAUCACCAAGAACUGAUAUCUCCACCUGCAGCCUCCAUCAUCUCUCAAGGUGAAGGUUUGAGGUGGAAAGACCUCAUUUCUGGCCAAUGGAGGAGAUGGGUAUCUAAAGGUGCUGAUGCGGUUUUCAUUCUGUUCUAUUGUAGUUGGUGUGUAUUUGGAUUACUAAGGGUUAAUUGGUGAUUUGAUGAUGUGGUUCUGGUUGUGAUCAUAUAUCGUUUGUCAAUGUUGGCUUAUCUUGUUGUCUCUUAGAAUAUUGUAUUGGAUGUAGGGAUUUUUAUUGCGCAAGUCAAAAUGUCCAACUUGUGUUCUUAA